AAAUGGAAGAAUAUUACAUAAACAAGAUAAAGUUUGUUGACAUCCGUACAUUUAUUUCAGGCAUAUAUGAAUACAAGAAUGAUAGUUUACAGGCACAUAUAUGUUUGCUACACAAUUGGGUGCCUUUUUGCAUGUGUGUAUGGAAAUACUUAUGUAUGUUUGAAUGUGAAAGUAAUAAUAGCACUAAAACUAGCAAUAAUAAUAAUUUUAACUGAAUUUUAAUAACUUCCUACUAAAAUAUAUACUGACAAACCAACACAAGAUGAUUCAGAAAAAGUUCAAAUCAAUGGGAACAAGACUUAAUGUCAUAAAUUGGCAUAGUAAAUACGUGUUACGAGUAUCAAUGAUAUAACUAAUCAUUUUGGAAAUGUAUUUAAGAAUAUAAUAUCAGUAAAAUUAUUUCAAUCGUUAGCGAUUAAUGGACUUAUUGAGGAUUAUUAUAUUUAUGAUUAUUACAUGUUCACUGGAAAAGUUUGUUUAAAAGAAAUAGUUGCAUCCUAUUAAAACUGAUAAAACAUUGUUUUGUGUGCGAUCUUUUGUUGAUUGGAUGUGUGUAAAACAUAGAAGAUAAUAAACUUACAAAAAACCAAAAAAUACACGACUUACACCGCAAAAAUAAAAAUGUUCGAAGAAUUAAGUAUUGGUGAUUUAAGUGAUAUAUACACUGAUAAUAAUACACGAAAGUGGCCUUCAUCCAAUGAUCGGAAUAGAAUAUCAGGUUACCGCGAAAGUUAUUGUUCUGAUGUGGAUUUAUUGCCUUCACUGUGUACAAAAGUGACAGUCGAUAUUCAUCCAGAUUAUCGUGAUAAUAGUGAGUAUAUUCAGAAACAUUGUAAACAAUCGCGAAAUACUAAUGGAGUUAAAACUAAGGCAGCCAACAAUACUAGUGGCAAUGACAAUAGGAGUGAUGAUGAUGAUGCUGAUACUGAUGCUGAUGAUGACGGCGGUGAAAACCUUAUGAGCUGGUUAUUGAAACAGUUUCGAGAAAAUGGUUUAGAUUACAAUGAAAAUAACUUAAAAAAUGAUCAUUUCGAUAAGAUUGAUGAAUUCAACUAUGUGGAGCGAUUAAAUCAUCAUCGAACAUCAACUGUACCGAAUAAUCUACAAUUAGAUGAUUCGAAUUCAUCCAUUUCAAGUUAUCAAGCUACGGUUGAUUUAAAUAAAUUAAAUACACGAAACGAACACUUGUUGAAUAAUAAUAAUAAUAGUAAUAAUCAUAACCAAACUAAUAAUUCCAGUAGAGAAUAUUAUUGGAAUAAACAAUAUCAUCAUUUUCCUCGUAUGUAUCCACCUGUCAGGGAUUCAUCGCUCGAGUCCAGGAAGUUGUGUGGUGAGAAUAAAUCACUUAAUUCCACAAUGGUCACUACGCCUACAACCGCAACAGCAAACAGAGCUAUGGAAUCAAUGAAUUCGACUAUGCAGAGAACAAUAAACGAUACAAAACACCAAUGUAAACUUAUCAAUAGUUUAUUUCAUCAAAUAACUAAAAAAUUGACUGGUUUACAUGAAUUCGAUAAGCAAGUAAUUAAUGAACUGCAAAAUGCUAGCCGAAUCAUAAAUGAUUUACAAAAAGCAGUCAAAUACUCUGAAUCUUCCCUACUGAAUUCUUUGAAUUAUCAACUGAAUCAUCAUUUUUGUCGACCUAAAAUAUUCAAAUCAGAAUUUAAUAAAACUACAGAUAGUUUACGAAAGAAAACUGGAGUGAAACAUUUUCCUAAAAAGAAUAUUCAUAAUCUGGACGAAAAUUUUGACAGACCAAUUACAGAUGAACAACAUUCACAUUCUGUAUAUAAUUCAGAAUUGGAUUGCCAAUCCCCUGUAGAAAAGGAUGACUUGAAAGGUACUUUCUUGAGUGGUGCACUCACGAAAACAAGUGGAGGUCGUUUAACCCAAAGAAAAUUCACGGAAUCACCAUGGGGACAAGUAUCAGUUCAACAAGCAAACAAUUUGUCAAAAAAUUUCGACCAAUCCUCAAAAAUCGUUGGUCAAAACAAUAACAAUAUCAAAAAUAAUGAUAAACACUCCAUAAAAAGUGGUAAUUAUUCUCAAUGGCUAAGAUCUUCAAAAUCAUCAGUCAGUAAUAAUACUUUAGACAAAUUGAAUGAAUCUAUUUAUCAGACUAGUGAUAUAACUAAUGUAAAGUCUAAUUUAUCAAAUGAACGAUAUUUUAGCCAAUUAACUUUACCAGUAUAUUCAACAUUAUCCAAUACAAAAUCACAUGCAUUUCAUUUGAAUACAUCCGGAGAAUUCAAUGUUUCUGAGAGUACAUCAAACAAAUUCGCUUCAAUCAAAGGUAUUCAGUCUUUGUUUAAAAUACCAUUCAAAAGAAAAGCAAGUACACCUGGACCAAAUGUUCAGUGUGUAGGACAUCCGUUAAAAUCUCAUGGACGUUCGGCUAGUUUAGCUCAAUUGCAUACAUCGAGUGAAAAUCCACCUAUUAUAUCUGUAUCAAACGAUCAAUUACAUAAAAGUACUAAUAAGUUAAAUGUACCAUAUAUUAAACCUUUACUACUUAAAGAAUCAUCGAAAUUUUGAAAUUUAUAAAUCCCUGAUAUUAUUAUAUUUUUACCAAAAAAUAAAAAUCUUUAAUAAACGUUCAUAUAACAAAUUGUAACUGUCUGUUUUAAUUUUUACGUUCAGGCCUAAUCUCUACUGGUAAUCUUUCAUUGCGCAAAUAUAUAAUCAGCAUAGACAGUUUUUAAAGAAAACCAAUGUGUGUAAAAAUAUUGUUUUUCAUUCACACAUUUUGAAUAUAAAAUGAAAAUCCUUGUAAAAAGAAAGAAAUUUUUGUAGUAACAACACUUUUAAGAGGACUGACUUAUCACUAUCGGACAAAAGUUUUCGAUCA